ACAGGUACAUGGUCAAAAAAAAAUCUUGGAUUUUUAAGUUAAUGUUUGGAAGCUUUAGAACGUACUCUGGAUUGACUUCGUGAUAAUUUUUACAGAUUGAGAGAGAGCCAUCGGAUGACACGCCUGCCCUUGAUACUCAAGUUUUUACUCCUAAUCUGACAAAAGAGGUAUAUGCUCAAUGACAGUUGGAGUUUACAAUUAGUUUUGGGUGAUUUACAUAUAUAGACCUUUCUAAUUUUUGGCAGAGGGAAACACAAACCUCUACUGAUGAAACGCCACCCAAAACUAAUCAAGAAGAAGGAAAACCAGAUGAUGAGAUUGUGAUUGAGUCACCUGCUGCUCAGACUCAAGUUUUGCAAAAAGAAACACUGGAAAUGAAUGAGACACCUUCUUCUCCAAUAUCUCCAAAGAGUAUUGAGGCUCAAGUUUUUACUCCAAUUCAGAAACAGCAGACGGUAACAGAGGAAACGUAUGAGGCUACACAGCCAUUGACUGAGAUCAUUUCAGCAAACAAUAAAAAGGAGGAUACACAUGCUGUGCAUCACACACCUUCCUCUCCAUUGUCUUCACUAAUUGCACUAGUUAUUGAAGAAAAUAAGAAUGCUUUGAGUGAGACAGAAACUGCGACCCAAUAUUUUUCUACAAGUGAAGGAGAGCAUACACAAUCAAGCAGAAAGAAUCAAGCAGAAGAAUAUCUCAAGGAUACUACAGAACCUACUACUGAGCUAGUUUCCACAGAUGUUUCGAAGACACAGCCUCUUACUCCGCAAACACAGCACCUUCAGACAAGUGAGGGAGAUCAAUCCGAUGAGACACCAUCAGAGCAGAAUCAAGCAGAAGAAAAUCUCAAGGAUACUACAGAACCUACUACUGAGCUAGUUUCCACAUAUGUUUCGAAGAUGCCGCCUAUUACUCAGCAAACAGAGCAUCUUCAGACAAGUGCUAUAGAUUUUUCAGAAACAAACGAGGUUGAAGUAAGCAGGCUUCUAGCUCACUUUCAAAUAGGCGCAGAGGUUGAGAUUUUGUCUACUGAUGACGAAAUAUGGUAUCCAGGAAAGGUUGUUGAUCUUAAACUGUGUGAAGGACUAGAGGAGCUGACAGUUGAGUACACGACACUCUUCACAGACCAACAUAGACUUCAGAAACUUCAGGAUACUAUCACGGCUGACAAAAUACGUCCUGCAACACCAACUAGUGACCAAAAAUCCUUUGAGAUGAUGGAUAAGGUAGAAGCCUUUUACAACAAUGGCUGGAGCAGCGGACAAAUUAGCAUGGUACUUGGUGAUAACACAUACUCGGUGUGUCUCUAUACUUCUAUGGAAACUAUUCUAUUCAAACAUUCAGAUUUGCGAAUUCAUAGAGAAUGGAAAGAUGGAGUCUGGAAGAUGGCAGAUAAGGUGAAGCCUGAUAAGAAAAGGAAAGCUGCUGCCUCAUCACAAAAUUCAGGAAUGGAUAAUGUUUUCCUAAGAAGGAGCGAGAGGGUGCCUAAACGAUCUAGAGACACAAAAACUCCAUUCAAGUCUGACAGAAAUCCGGCUUUAACUGUAAUACCUGAGAUUAUACCUGCAGUUGAUCCGUUUUCAACUCCUGCGGAACAUAAGCUUUCAAGGCUUCAAAAUUGGAUGACAUUAAAGCCCGGCAUGCAUGAAACGUCCCUAUCAAUCAAUGAUAAUAAGAUAAGGAAAUCUUUCUUUCAAAGCAUGGAAAAUGCAAAAAAGGACCUUAAGAAAGAGCACAUUGAUGGAGCCUUUGCAAUGCUAAAUUGCAGAAGAAAUGAGAAUGCUGCUUGGUUCCACAACUACAAGAUUCCAAAGGCGUGCUUCCUACCUAUGGAGUUCUUGCAUUGCUUGCUCUCUGAUGAUUUGGCUUACAAGAAAGAAAAGGUCAAAGGUAAAAAGAUUUUCAACGAUUUAUUUAAAGAUACUGUGAGAGGGAAGGUAUAUCCAGAGAAGACAUGGGGAGAAGAUGUUGAUGUUGUGUAUGGGAUUACUCUUGGAAAAAAAAGCAAUGUCUGGAUUGGGAUGGAAAUUCAUUUGAAGAAGAAAAGAAUCACAGUAUAUGAUUGUUUUCAAAAGGAAAGCAACAGCAUUGAUAUUCCUCAAGUGAAAAAGUUGGCAGUGUUGAUUUCUAAUCUGCUGGUGGAAUCUUCUGGUGAUGAGGUAGAUAAAGUGAAGAUGAUUCCAUUUGAGAUUGAGCAGGCACAAGGUUUACCCAAGACAAAACAUCCUUUCAACUGUGGGAUAUUUCUUGUCAAGAUUCUGGAGUGCCAGUCAUUGAAGAUAGGAGACAUGACAAAGAUUAAUGAUGACAAUGCAUUGGAGCUAAGGAGAACCUUGUCUUGUGAGAUCUUCAACCAAUUUGUGGAUGAGAGCUUUGGGAAAUGAGAAUGAUGCAUGAAAACAUUUUUUGUUUUAGUUAAGACUCGGUUUUAGUUAUGACUGUUUAUUUUGUUAUGUUGUUGGCGUCUGGUUACAUAAGAAAGAUUGGAAGGAUAUCAAGUAUUUUUUUUGGGUAUCAUAUAUCUUGGAAGGUUAAAAUAAUGUUUCUGGAUGGGUUUCCAGAAAAAAAGUUAAGUGUUUCAAAUGUAAAAAAGAAUGAAAUGAGAUUAUAUACUAAGGAUUGGACAUGUAUAUGGUAAGCUUAAAAUUGUGAUGUUUACAGACAACAAAAAUUUAGAACCACAAAGGAUCGAACCCAGAGGGAGAGAGUUUGCGUAUUUGGAUAGUGUGGGAGUUUAGCCACUAGGCCAAGAAGAAUCAUCUGUUAAUGGAUUACAUUUAAUUUUAUUUAACUCCAAACUGUAACACAAAAAAAAAUUAAAAUUGAUUUUGAAUCCACCACAUAUCGAACCCGGGGAUAGAGAGACUUUUGAGUUAUGAAAUGCCUUGGUUUAACCGCUGGUCUGAGGAGAAUCAUCUGUUAAAGAAUAUUACAUAAGCAUACUUAAACCAAUUAAUAUAGGAUAGGUUUCCAAAACAAUACAUUUCGAUUGAAAAAAGACAAAACUCUUGCCGUCUCAACACUCUCGCCGUUUCAAACUUCUCGAAUCUCACUCGUCUCCGCCUCUCGAAUCUCUCUCUCAUCUCCAUAUCUCUCGAUCUCCGACGAAAACCCAUCUCCAGAACUCUCUCUCUCUCGAUCUUUUACGCGAGCUCUCUCUAUUCUCCGAGAAAAACCAUUUCUAGAGCUCUAUCUCUUUAAGGUAUGUUGCAGAUUCAACCUUAUGUGUGUUUUCUUUCUGAGAGAUUGGUCUCCUGGUUUUUGCUUGUGUAUAGACUUGCUCGUUUUAACCUAAUAUGAUUGGUAGAAUUCUAGUUCAUGUGAAAGCAUGUGUAUAGACUUCAGGAAGGAUUUGUAUUGUUUCAGGAAACCCUUCCUGAAAAUUGGAUUUUAAUUAAUUUAGACAAAUAAAAUUUUUCUUGUUUACGCAGGAUAGAAACAAGAUGGGAGAUCCAUUACCAUUAAGACUAGCACUGCCUGAGCUGAGGUAUCCGAUUGGAUCAGAGCCAGAGAAGACGAUAUCGAUAAACCAACACUCGAUAGUUGCUUAUAUCAAAACUGUUAAGGAAAUUCUAGGAAAUGAUGAGUUCAACAGAAUAAGAGGGACGUUUUUGGGACCGGUGAUCAAGCUUGGAGAGAGGUCUUUGAAAUUAUCAGCUAAGAUAGUGCACGCAGUUCUCACCAAAAGCAUCAAGACAGUGAAGAGACACGAAGCAUGGUUCCAUUUUGGUGCUCAGCCAAUGAGGUUCUCUAUAAGAGAAUUCCACAUGGUGACUGGUUUGAAAUGUAGUGGUGAAGCAAGAGAACCACGAGAGGAAACCGAGAAAUUUAAGUGGGACUUCCUAAAAGGGCGUACUCAUACAGUAAAGGACGUGGAGAAGCAGCUCAGAAACACAAGAGAAGAUGCUUCUGAUGAGAGAUUCUGCCUUGCAAUGCUCCUCCUGAUUGAGAGCAUACUACUACAGAAGAGCCUUCUCGACGGUGGCACAACUUUUACUUUGGAUUAUGUGAAAAUAGCGCAGGAUAUGGAUGUCUUGAUGACAUACCCAUGGGGGAGAACAGCUUAUAAUUUGCUGUUAAAAUCACUUCAGAGAGCUGUCGACAAAAGCCUCGACAAAAACAAUUAUGAUUUGCAAGGAUUCCCUAUGGCAUUUCUUAUAUGGAUACUUGAGUCAGUACCUUUGCUACAGUAUGCAUUCAGUCAAGUUGUUCCUAUUCUGAGCGUUCAACCGUCUACCCCAAUAUUUUUGUGUGAGAAGUACCUUCAAAUAGCUUCUCCACAGCUGAUAGAUGUUCUCCUAAUUGAAAUCAAAGAUCAUGUAAGUUUUUACAUUAUUUUUUUCUUGUUUCUGUUUUGCCUUAUGAUUCUCCAUUUAAAAGCUAAUUAUUUUUAUGGUUUCAGCUUAAGGUCACAUGCAUCCUACCUCCUAUUUCUAAUGAUCCAGAAGCUGAUGUUUGCAUGGAAGACGAAGCUAAUAAAGAUCUGGAUGACAUGGCCGAUUUAUCCAAGAGAGGUUAUAAGUUUAAAAUUAGAGAUUGGCGAAACAUGUCAGUAGACCUAUACGGUGCUAAUGAACAAAUAAGAAGAGCA